UUCAAGCAGUCGACUUCAGAACGCUUCUCAAACGAGAACGCGUGAAAAUUUCAUUUCAACGUUCAACACGCAUCGUAGAAAACGGUACAGAUUCACACACACACACACAGCCACAGCUAACUCAUAAAUGCAACAACAACAACACAAACGGGAAAAUUUUAAAAUAGAAAUUAAAUACGAAAUUCUCGUGAUCGCGUCAAAAUAAAUUUUGAGGAAAAAGUGAUUUUCGGUUCGAUCGUCGCCAAGUCGUGUGCGCUAAUCAACGAAUGCAAAGGUUGUAGCCAAUCGUAUUAUCAACAACAACUGCUAUCAAAGUCAAAUUGGUUGCUUGUCGAUUUACGUCAUCGGCGCCUGUUGAUUUCAUAGCUUCGCGGCUAACACACGUUUUAUUUGCAGUGCUGCUCAGUCUAACGCAGAAAGCGUAGAAAAACGUGCGCGUGUGCUACGGUAUUGAGAAAAGUCGUAGCGAAAAGCUAUAUAAAAUAUAUAUGCCGUUUCAAUUGAGUAGAUAAAAUUAUAUAAAUAUAUUUGUGCAACAACAAAAUAUACUAACAAGUGACAUUGCGUAUAGCAAUACAUGAACGCAUAAUACAGCAAUAAAAAAGCGUAUUUUCAUCUAAAUCGCGCAAGUUUCAACUUAAGAACGGCAGCUGUAGCAGGAAAAAUGGUGAAAAACAGGCGUUUUGAAAAAGCACCGAUCAUCGGUACGAGACACAUACAAUGUUUCCUUUGUUUUUGUUGCCUAUCGAUUUGUUAUGCGUUACGCGUCAAUCUCAGCGUGGGCAUUGUGGCGAUGACGGAUCGGAAUUCCACGAACAGCAAUCUUACGGUAUACGAUUGGAGUGAAGGCACCAAGUCCUAUGUAUUGAGCAGCUUUUUCUGGGGCUACAUCGUUACGCAAAUACCCGGUGGCCACAUUGCCCAGAAAUACGGCGCGAAAACAUUACUGUUAAUUGGCAUUACGUUGUGUUCCGUGUUGACGCUACUCACACCAUUAGCUGUUGAAUUUGGCGGUUGGCAGUUGUUGUUUGCGUUGCGUGUCAUUCAAGGGCUGUUGCAAGGUUCCGUGCAUCCAGCUACGCACGCCAUGUUAGCGAAAUGGUCACCCGUCGAAGAACGAGGCGCACUGAGUACUUUCUGUUAUUCCGGCUCACAAUUCGGCACUGUUGUUAUAUUGGCUAUAAGCGGUAUCAUCGCUGAAUCACCACUCGGUUGGCCCGGUAUUUUCUACAUCUCCGGCGGUUUGGGUAUACUUUGGGGUGUGUGUUGGUUAAUUUUUUCGGCUAGUACACCGGCUGAACAUAAAACCAUCUCAUUGGAGGAGCGUAAAUUCAUUGAAAAUUCCUUGGGACAAGUUGAUUCGACACCAAUCACAGUAGCGCCGACGCCGUGGAGCAAGAUUUUCACUUCACCACCAUUUUUGUCGCUGAUCAUCGUACACUGCACGCAUAUGUGGGGUUUCUGGACGCUGCUCACACAAAUUCCCAACUACAUGAAGAACAUAUUGGAUGUGGAUAUGAAAAAUAGCGCUCUGCUAUCGUCUCUACCAUAUACCGUCAUGCUUUUGCUCAGUUUCGCCUUCAUCUACCUAUCAAAGGUGUUGGCACGUCGCGAAAAUGUAUCGUUGGCAUUCAGUCGCAAAUUCUUCAACUCCAUCGGUCAUUGGAUACCAAUGAUCUCACUCAUUGGGCUCGGCUAUGUCACAAAGGAACAUUCAUUACUGGCUGUGAUCUUGCUUACACUCACCGUGGGCAUCAGUGGCGCUACGUAUCUGGGUUUCCAGGUGAACCAUAUCGAUCUGUCGCCAAACUAUGCGGGUACGCUGAUGGGCAUCACCAAUGGCUCCGCGAAUGUGAUGAGCGCCUUGGCGCCGCUGGCUGUCGGCCUGGUCGUCACCGAUGUGAAAAAUGUGGUCGAAUGGCGUAUUGUGUUUUUCAUCGCUGCUGGUUUUUACUUUGUCGGCAAUUUACUCUUCGUCAUAUUUGGCAAGACCGAAGUGCAAAGUUGGAAUUCACCCGAAGAGACAUUAGCCAAGCGCUUGAACGUGGUGGACGCCGAAUCGCCCGCGUUACUACUGAAUGGUGAUAAGAAAAAGAUAACAAUUACAGAGAACGGCACGCAAUAGACCAACAUAGCCGUGUGGACUAGUUGGUCCUUUAUUUGUAGUUGUAGUUCAUUAAGCACACAGAAGACCUCCUAGUUGAUAGUACGCAUAUAUCUUAUGUAUAUAUAGAUACUUGUAUGUGUAUAUUAGGGUUUAUGUUAAGACUCUUAAGAAUGAUUCCUGUAGUGCGGAUAACGCUGAAUAUUGUUGUUAUUGUUUGCAAUACUUGCGUUGCACUUGCGUCCUGCGAUAAUGUUAUUUAUAUCAGUAGAUUAUUAAGUCGUACAUCUAAGUAUCAUAGACACUAAGUAUUUUAUCUGACAAAAGGUGUGUGUGUGUGUAUGUAAGAGCCUGGACAACAUAAGGCUCUUACUAACCUGUACAUAUGUAAGUAGAUCAGUCACGAAUGUUAGAAAGUGCUUCGGUUGCGCUACACCGUUCGAAAAACGUGUUAAUUUUGUACAAUAUAAAUAUAACUGUACACAGAAUUAAGUCACAAAUGUGCUUCCAUUGACAGCGCAAGGAAAUCGGGAAAACAUAGGUCAUAAACAAACAUGCAACUAUUAACGAUAUUAUAUUUUUUAAUGAAAAACAAAAUUAGCUAAAUACAAGAAGAAAAAAAUCUAUAAAUUAAUUUUAAUUAAAUAAUGACUUAGAAAUUUUUCACUAAAUUUUGUUUACAGUAUUUUGUGAGCAGGUGUGUAAUUUGUAGUAAUUCGUUGAGCAAUUUGAACAAUUGGCGAUAAGGAGUGCUGGUCGUGAUGUGCGAGCGAAUGCAUCAAGUGCCGUUAUUAGUGUUAGAAACAGUGUACAAUAUAGAAUUUUACUUUUCUCUGAUUAAAUGCAAAAUAAAGUCGAAUUACAUCACUUUA